UUCUUCACCCUCCAAUUAGCAGAAACAAUGGCUUCAGGAAGCGUUUGUGAACAUUUGGGUGAAUCUCUGGCUACUCAUCCGGAGCAGGCAAAGGCUAUCUUGUCAAGGAUUGAAAGCCUCGGGCGGGGCAUUCAUAAAUCCCAAAAGCUGCUAUCAAUUCUUGAUAAGGAGGAUGGACAACAAGCACUUGAUGGGAUAAUUGUCGAUGUCCUCAGGACUACACAGGAAGCUGUAUUGUCGUCUCCACUGGUUGCCCUUGCCAUUCGUCCAGCUCCUGGUGUUUGGGAGUACAUAGCUAUUGAUGUCCGGAAGCUCUUCGUAGAGGAAAUGCAAGUUGCUGAGUAUCUGCGGUUGAAGGAGGAAAUCGUUGAUGGAAGCUCCAAUGGCGAGUUUACGCUGGAAUUGGACUUCGGCGCGUUCAAUAAUUCUAUUCCUCGCCCAUCGCUUUCUAAGUCCAUUGGGAACGGUGUGGAUUUCCUCAAUCGCCACCUUUCUGCCAAACUGUUCCAAGACAAGGAGAAUUUGAACUUAUUGCUUGAAUUUCUCCAGAUUCAUUGCCAGAAGGGAAAGGGUAUGCUGCUGAAUGACAGAAUUCAAGGUGUGAAUUCCCUCCAACAUGCUCUGAGGAAGGCAGAGGAGUAUCUGACUCCUCUACCAUCUGAUACCCCAUACUCGGCUUUUGAGAAAAAGUUCCAGGAGAUUGGUUUGGAGAGGGGAUGGGGUGAUACUGCUGAGCAUGUUUUAGAGAUGAUCCAUCUUCUUCUGGAUCUCCUGCAGGCACCUGAUCCCGUCACUCUUGAAACUUUCCUUGGAAGAAUCCCAUUGGUCUUCAAUGUUGUGAUCAUGACUCCUCAUGGAUACUUUGCCCAAGACAAUGUUUUGGGAUACCCUGACACAGGUGGCCAGGUUGUUUACAUCUUGGAUCAAGUCCGUGCCUUGGAGGAAGAGAUGCUCCACCGUUUCAAGCAGCAAGGACUUAACAUUACCCCACGCAUCCUUAUCAUUACUCGACUCCUCCCUGAUGCCGUGGGAACAACUUGUGGUCAGCGUCUUGAGAAAGUGUAUGGAACCAAGUAUUCUGAUAUUCUUCGAGUUCCGUUCAGAACAGAGCAGGGAAUUGUACGUAGAUGGAUCUCAAGAUUUGAAGUCUGGCCCUACCUGGAGACUUACACAGAGGAUGUUGCACUUGAAAUAUCCAAAGAGUUUCAGGGCAAGCCAGAUCUGAUUAUUGGGAAUUACAGUGAUGGAAAUAUCGUUGCCUCUUUGUUGGCACAUAAGUUUGAUGUUACACAGUGCACCAUUGCUCAUGCUCUGGAGAAGACGAAGUACCCAGAUUCAGACAUCAACUGGAGAAAGCUUGAGGAUAAGUAUCACUUCUCCUGUCAGUUUACUGCUGACCUUAUUGCUAUGAACCAUACUGAUUUUAUCAUCACUAGCACCUUCCAAGAGAUUGCUGGAAGCAAGGACACUCUUGGUCAAUACGAGAGUCACAUUGCCUUCACUCUUCCUGGGCUCUACCGUGUUGUUGAUGGGAUUGAUGUGUUUGAUCCUAAGUUCAACAUUGUCUCCCCUGGUGCUGAUAUGAGCAUAUACUUCCCUUACACAGAAGAGAAACGGCGGUUGAAGAAGUUCCACCCAGAGAUUGAAGAGCUUCUUUACAGCCCUGUUGAGAAUGCAGAGCACCUAUGCAUACUGAAAGAUCGCAAUAAGCCAAUUCUGUUUACCAUGGCAAGGUUGGAUCGAGUAAAGAACUUAACUGGACUUGUAGAGUUCUAUGCCAAGAACAGCCAGCUGCGUGAGUUGGUUAACUUGGUAGUAGUUGGUGGAGAUAGGAGAAAGGAAUCCAAGGAUUUGGAAGAGAAGGCCGAAAUGCAGAGGAUGUAUGAACUAAUUGAAAAAUACAAGUUGAAUGGCCAGUUCAGAUGGAUUUCUUCCCAGAUGAACAGAGUGAGAAACGGUGAACUCUAUCGUUACAUUUGUGACACAAAGGGAGCAUUUGUUCAGCCUGCUCUGUAUGAGGCCUUUGGCUUGACUGUUGUUGAGGCCAUGACCUGUGGCCUACCAACAUUUGCAACUUGCUAUGGAGGCCCUGCUGAGAUUAUUGUUCACGGCAAAUCCGGCUUCAACAUUGAUCCUUAUAAUGGCGAUCUGGCUGCCGAGACCCUCGUCCAUUUCUUUGAAAAGUGCAAGGCAGAUCCAUCUUAUUGGGAUAAGAUCUCCCAGGGAGGCUUGAAGCGCAUCCAGGAGAAGUAUACAUGGCAGAUUUACUCUGAGAAGCUAUUGACUCUGACUGGAGUCUAUGGUUUUUCGAAACAUGUUUGUAACCUCGAGCAACGUGGGCGCAAGCGUUACAUUGAAAUGUUGCAUGCACUGAUGUAUAACAAGCGGGUUAUGACUGUUCCUCUAGCUGUUGAGUAAAGAAAAUGGCGAUGAGGAGGCACAAGGCUGGACCAAAUGAGGUUUUGGAAUGGCUAUUGAAAUUUGAUAUUUCCUUCGUUUCUUUUUUAUCUCGCAAUUGUUUUGAACCCGGGUUUUGUCCCACCUUUAAUUUACUCCCUUAUUAUCCUUGGGAAUGUUUUGAACCUGGGUUUGGUUCCAAGGAUUGCAAUAAAGUAUGGUUUAUAUUAA